AUGAAUUCAUCGGGUGAAGUGCCGUUUUGGCGAGAUCAGGAAGAAAUUGUCAUCACCGGCAUUUCUGGGCGUUUUCCACGCUGUGAAAAUGUUCAAGAAUUCGGUGACUUGCUAAUGGCUGGUGAAGAUCUUGUUACCGAAGAUAAUUUACGCUGGCCACCUGGAGUUUUCGAUUUACCAAAGCGUCAUGGAAAAUUGAAAGAUUUAAAAAAAUUUGAUGCGCAAUAUUUUGGAGUAACACCAAAACAGGCUAAUUAUUUGGAUCCUCAAGUACGGAAAUUGUUAGAAGUGACUCUGGAGGCGAUCAUCGAUGCUGGUUUAAAUCCAACUGAACUUCGUGGUUCAAGGACAGGUGUCUUUGUGGGUUGUUCAGCGUCUGAAACUGGUGGUGUAUUAACUCAAGAUCCAGAAACCGUUACUGGAUAUACAUUGACAGGAUGCGUACGCUCAAUGUUCAGCAAUCGCCUUAGUUUUACGUUCGAUUUGAGAGGACCGUCUUUCUCUGUGGAUACAGCUUGUUCUUCAUCUUUAUGCGCGCUUCAAUUAGCUGUCGACGCGAUACGACAGGAACAAUGUGAUGCGGCAAUUGUAGCUGGCGCUCAUCUAACUUUAACACCUACAGCAGCUUUACAGUUCCUUCGGCUUGGCAUGCUUUCCGAUAAAGGGAGCUGCCGUUCAUUCGACGCUUCGGGUGAUGGAUAUUGUCGCACGGAAGCGGUUGCUGCAAUAUUGCUUCAGAGGCAGUCAGCAGCUAGACGAAUUUAUGCUACUGUAAUUCAUGCAAAAAGUAAUACUGAUGGUUACAAGGAGCAGGGCAUUACUUUCCCAUCAGGUGAACGACAGGCAGCAUUAUUAGAAGAAGUAUAUCGUGAGGCUGGAGUUGAUCCUAAUACAGUGACAUAUGUGGAAAGUCAUGGAACGGGUACGAAAGUUGGUGACCCUCAAGAAGCAAACGCAAUAUGCCAAGUUUUUUGUCAGAACCGAAAUACCGCACUUCUUAUCGGUUCAGUUAAAUCAAACAUGGGUCAUGCAGAACCGGCAUCCGGUCUAUGCUCAAUUGCAAAAGUUCUAAUAACAAUGGAGCGUGGCUUUAUACCCCCAAACUUACAUUAUAAUGAGCCUAAUCCAUAUAUUCCUGGUCUUGUUGAUGGUCGAUUACAGGUGGUUACUGAAAAAACACCAUUCCAACGCGGUUUAGUUGGUAUCAAUUCGUUUGGCUUUGGUGGCAGUAACACUCAUAUUAUACUUCGUCCAGCAAAUCAUGCAGAACGUAAAUCAGCACCAACAACAUUUAUGAAAAUCAUUCCUUAUUCUGGAAGAACGGCAGAAGCAGUAAACAGCAUUUUCGACUGUGUUUUAGCCCAUCCAGAAAAUGUUUAUUUGCAACAGCUAUUAGCAAAUCAGGCUAAUUUGCCCGCCAAAGAUACACCAUAUCGUGGUUAUAUGAUUAUUAAUCGUGAUAAAAUCCCUUAUCCACCAGAUGCAAAAAAAGAUCCAGAAUUGCCACCUCUUCGAGAUGUACAAAAAAUAAUGAUCACUGAGCCAAAACAGAUUUAUUUCAUUUACUCAGGCAUGGGUAGUCAGUGGGCCGGUAUGGUGAGGCAGCUUAUGUCAAUACCUGCUUUUAAUGAAUCAUUGAGAAGUUCCAGUGAUGCCGUCGUCGAUUUUGGUGUCAAUGUUUAUGAGAUGCUACAGAUUGAUGACUCAAGCUUUUAUAAAAAUAAUACAUUGAAUUGUAUGCUCGCAAUUACUGCCAUACAGAUUGCUUUAACAGAUGUACUCUUCCUAUUGGGUGUUACACCAGACGGAAUAAUUGGGCAUUCGACAGGUGAAAUGUGUUGUGGAUAUGCUGAUGGUGGGCUUACACGUGAGCAAACGAUGCACUUAGCUUAUCAUCGCGGUCACACAAUUAUGAACGCAAAUAUCAAAGGUGGUAUGGCUGCUGUAGGCCUAUCAUGGGAAGAAGCCACAAAGCGAUGUCCAGAAGGUGUUGUUCCAGCCUGUCAUAAUGCUGCUGAUUCAGUAACAAUUUCUGGUGAUGCUGAAAAAAUUGAAAAAUUUGUUGAAGAACUUAAAAAAGAAGAUAUAUUUGGAAAAAUUAUCGAUUCGUCAGGAAUUCCAUUUCAUUCACCAGCUAUGCUUAAGGUCAAAGAUAAAAUGCUUAAAGCUAUGCGUACAAGCGUCCCAGAUCCAAAACCGCGAUCCUCUCGCUGGAUUUCAACCUCAAUUCCAGAAAGUAAUUGGGAAAAUGAAUUGGCGCAAAUGUGUUCAGCUGAUUACCAUACUAAUAAUGCUAUAAGCCCAGUACUUUUCUAUGAAGCACUUCAAAAAAUACCAGCAAAUGCGGUAACAAUUGAAAUCGCACCGCACUGUUUGAUGCAUGCAAUCCUGCGUCGUUCGCUGCAGAAAACCUGCACUAAUGUGGGUCUAAUAAACAUGAAAGAAAAAAAUCGAGAACUGGAAUCAUUUUUACAGGCUUUGGGAAAGAUUUAUCAAACAGGAAUAAGCAUUCAUAUCGAAGCCUUAUAUCCAGCUAUACAAUAUCCCGUACCGAUUGGUACACCCAUGAUAUCUCCUAUGUGGCGCUGGGAUCACAGUCAGGAUUGGCCCGUUAUCGACAGUAAAACGCUUUCAGUUGCAGGUGGCAGACAAUUACCAACAUCAUACUGUUACACAGUUGAUCCGUUUGCACCUGAUUCAAAGGAAACAUUUUUACUUGAUCACAUCAUUGAUGGCCGUGUAUUGUAUCCAUUUACUGGGCAUAUGGUAUUGGCAUGGAAGACCAUUGCGAAAUUGAAUGGUUUAGAAUUCCUGAAAACACCUGUCAUUUUGGAAGAAAUCCGAGUAUACAGUGCAACAAUCGUGACCAAACCAAUUCGUUUGGAUGUUAUUGUAACGCCGGGAAAUGGAUAUUUCGAAAUUUUGGAUGGUGACCAACUAGCGGCAUCCGGCUAUAUUCGUAUUGUCGAUGAAGAUGUGCCAUUUUAUUACAAAAAUGUUGGUGAAAUUCAAACAUCCGAAAUUGCAGAACGCAUCGAAUUAGAUACAGAAGAUGCUUAUAAGGAAUUUCUACUUCGUGGAUAUGAAUAUGGUCAAGCAUUUCGUGGAAUAUAUCGGGCAUGCAACAGUGGAGAGCGUGGUAUGCUGUACUGGACUGGCAACUGGGUGACAUUUCUGGAUUCACUUUUACAAACAGCUUUGCUGGCUGAACGAGCUGAUAGUCUUCGUUUACCUACCCGAGUGCGUUACUUGCGAAUUGAUCCGGUUAAACAUAUGGAAUAUAUCCAAGAAACAGAUGGUAUUCAAGUAAUUGAAUUGCGUAAUGAUAUAGCGACCAAUGGCUGCAUUGCCGGUGGUGUUGAAUGUUGUGAUUUGACAGCACAUACGGUUCCCCGUCGAUUACAGUCUGCUGGACAGCUUUAUUAUGAGAAAAUUUACUUCACCAAACAUUUCGACAUGAAAGCCUUUGAUGAUUUUCCGCAUAUCCGUGAAGAGCUGAAUGCUUAUCGAGAUUUUCUUCGAUCAAUGCUGGCCAAUGGUUUAGCAAAAUGGGAAGUUAAUGACUGUCUGAAAGAAUUAACAAAUAAUGCACUCCUUUCGGAUGCUGUUCGUAAAUUUGCAAAGUUCAUGAAUCCAGUCAGUGAAGCGGAGCACAAACGAUGGCUCGAUGAUUCGCAGUCACCAGUUGCAACAGUGUUUCAUGAAAUUUUUGCCAUCGAAAUUGGUGACAAUCCCAAAGAUCUUGAAAAUAAGGUGGCCGAAAAAAUGCAAAGUAUGUUGAAAAUCUUUAAUGUAGAUCGGUUAUGGAGCGCUGCUAUUGUCUAUGAUAGGAUUUUGAAAACAAUCCAGGACACUUGCAUUGAGAAUUCAACUGGGCAUAAUUGCAAAGCAUGUGCGCUUGAAUUCAAUUCAACCGAACAACUUAAAUUUUGUGUUGAUGCAGUGAACUCACACCCGCUUUUGGAAAUGGAAUGGCUAUGUGUUGGACCCAAAGUAGAUGAUAUGGAUGAAAGCACUCUGGUACAGCUUGGUGUUAAAAAAGUAACAGCUGUUUUGGAUGACAAACAAUUCGUACCAGUUGCUGAAAUUAAAAACUGUGACAUAAUAAUUUUGGACAAAAUACUAUCACGGAAGAAAGACGUGGUGCGGUAUCUGUUGAGGUGUAAAGAAAUGUUGCGUGAUGAUGGCUUCAUCAUUUUGAUUGAGACGACAUCUGACUACGAAAUUGCCCUUGCAAUCCAAGGCCUUAGUGCAGAAACGAUAAAUAUCAGUGAUUCUGGACGUAUCUAUGGUGCUUAUUUUACACAUGAUCAGCUACUGAAGUUAUUUGAAGAGUGCGAGUUUCGUCUCUGUAAUUAUCAGACUGAUCCUUCAAUGAUGACCACAGCGUAUGCUAUCCGAAAAAUUCCAUCGCAAGCUAGAGAGCCAGUAGUGAUUGACGUGGAUGAUAUUGAAGAAUUUACCUGGAUUGAACCUUUGCAAAAAGCAAUUGAAGAACGUUUAAACGAGCCAGAUUACAAGACUAUUUGGCUUACCAGUACAAGAGUACGCAACAAUGGAUUACUUGGACUUGCCCUUUGCUUCAAGCAACACGAUGAGUUGACCCUGAUUGAAUAA